GCGCCCCCGCUCUCCGGGGCCCGCGGCGGGCGGGCUCCCGGGACAGCAUGUCGGACUCCGAGGAGGAGAGCCAGGACCGGCAGCUGAAGAUCGUCGUGCUGGGGGACGGCACCUCCGGGAAGACUUCCUUAGCUACGUGUUUUGCUCAAGAAACUUUUGGGAAACAGUACAAACAAACUAUAGGACUGGAUUUCUUUUUGAGAAGGAUAACAUUGCCAGGGAAUUUGAAUGUUACUCUUCAAGUUUGGGAUAUAGGAGGGCAGACAAUAGGAGGCAAGAUGUUGGAUAAAUAUAUCUAUGGAGCACAGGGAAUCCUUUUGGUAUAUGAUAUUACAAAUUAUCAAAGUUUUGAAAAUUUAGAAGACUGGUAUACUGUGGUGAAGAAAGUGAGCGAGGAGUCAGAAAUUCAGCCACUGGUUGCCUUAGUGGGCAAUAAAAUUGAUUUGGAACAUAUGCGGACAGUGAAAACCGAAAAGCACUUACGGGUUUGCCAGGAAAAUGGUUUUAGUAGCCACUUUGUCUCAGCAAAGACAGGCGACUCUGUCUUCCUGUGUUUUCAGAAAGUUGCUGCUGAAAUCCUUGGAAUCAAAUUAAACAAAGCAGAAAUAGAACAGUCACAGAGGGUGGUGAAGGCAGACAUCGUGAACUACAGCCAGGAGCCCGUGUCCAGGACCGUGAACCCCCAGCGCAGCUCCGUGUGUGCCGUGCAGUGAGCGCGGGCCUCCGCCUCCCGCCGCCCUUCUGCACACCAGGCAGGGGCGGCCUGGUCUCGCCCGGGCUGCGGCCUGGCUGCACCGUGGGGAGCUGCUCCAUGUGCA